AUGGCAGAUGCGGCUGUGAGAGAGCCGUCGCCAAAGAGGCCGGUUGAUGCGCCUGAUGAUGGCCAUAAAGCAAAGCGACCGCGGCGGCCUUACCAUCAUCAGCACCGCUUUCUCCCACUGGAUCAGCCUAUCGAGUCGCGAGAGCCCGCGUUCGUAGACCCCGAGACAGCCGAAAAAUUGCUUUUCAAUGCUAUCAAGACGAUCAUUGAGGAAGAGGGACUGAAAAGAGAGAUAUACGAUCCUGUCAUUGAGGCAUUGGCAUUAACAGCCUUCCACGAUGCGAUUCAAGAAUACAUCCUCAAGUUCUGCUCAAAAGUCCGACGAUCGAUGACAGCUGCCCGACGCAAUGCGCCUAUAGCUACAGACUUCGAGAGCGCUAUCUAUGCACUGGACGUUCCGCGACUCGAUGAUCAACUGAAAGCGUAUCGGACGCAACCAGAAAUCAAUCCUCGCCUCCUUCCCACACCUCCGCCAGACGACCCGUUUCACAACCAUGUCGAUAUGCCAGCAGCUCUGCUAGGACCAGAUCUUGGUGGCCAGACCGCCUUAACGAAGUUCCACCCCAACCCGUCCUUUCUCCCACCACUGCCUUCGGCGCAUACAUACAAAGACACUGCAGUUUUUGCCAUUCGCGAGACCGACUCAAGACGAAUCCGAGAGUUGGCCACCGAGGAAGGUAAACUUGGCGAGCAAGCCCUUCGCAGACUGGCUGGCGCAGUCAAGCUCGAUGCAACACACCCGGUUGACCCUGACACGCACAGGCAGGCGGUAUCGAGCCAGGUGGGCAAGCGACAGAAGAAGACCCAGCCAAAGGCCACUGAAGCGGAGUUAUUUGAAGACACAAUGCGCGACCUGCUGAAGGCGGAAUCGGACGGCUUCGAGCUAGGCCCAAUCGUGACUUCAGAAAAGUCGUAUCGCAUGCCGGACGAGGGCCUGGCGCAGAAACGGCUGCGCGCUGAUGAUAAAAGCAAUACGGCCGAGACUGCGACUGACAAGGCAAAGGGAAAGGAGAAGGCAUAUGACACCCUCCCCCCUCCACUUACUACCUCAAAGGCGCGCGACCGGUACGCUGAUGUCGAUGUAAUGGAGCUGUGA